UAUAUAACUCCGUACUAAAAUAACCUAAAAAUAUCCAAUUAUAAAACAAAGUAUCACAUUACGUAAACAUAAUAAAACCCGAAACAAACUCAAGAUGAACGGCCCAUUGGCCGUGACCAACCCUCCUUAAAACUCAUUCAACAAACAAAGCCCCCGGAAGAUGGUUUGCGUACGGGUCAAUACAAAGCAAUGAUAUCGCAAAUCGCACGGUUGAUAUAUUUGACGUUGCAAAAAUUACGAGUAGGUGGUCUAGUGUACUUACAUUACAAAUAAUCUAAAGAUUACUUUUUUAUUGUCAAAAAAAAAAUCUAAAGAUUACAUUUUUACUUAACAACAACAAAAACAAAGCAAUAAUUAUACUGUAAUUAUAAUUAGAACAACAACAAAAAAUUAAAAAAAGGCAGAUAAAUAAAGCCACAAAAAUCACAGGUGAGAGAAAGUUAAAGAAAAGAAAAACAAUGGAAAAGAAGAAGAAGGGUAGUAGUGGUUUUGGUUUGUUCAUCUUCUUCUUCUUCUCCAGAAUCCUUCUUUUUCUUUGAGAUUUCAGAACAAGGAAGAUUUCCCAGAAAUUUCAGAGGAAAUUGAAGAUUAAUUAAUUUCCAAGGUUUUGGUUUUAUGGAACAAGAGCUUGCCAUGCUUAGGCAGCUUCUUUCUCACUUUCAUGAACUCUCUCAACUUUACGGCUAUAAUACGACAUCGUUUCAUUCUCAUCCUCUUCUUCACUCUUACUCUUAUUCGUCUUCUUCCUCCCCCAGUUGCUGUUUCCUCAAUCUUGAUGACAAUCUCGUGGAAGAAAACUGCAAUAGUGUCAUCAUGCCAGCUGAAAAACCUGGGAUUUUAAAAAUGGUUGAUCAUUAUAAGCCACCUCCCACCAAGAGAUCUCGGAAAGAACGAAAUCGUGGAAAGCAUUCUGGAUCCUCAAACUCAUGUGAAAACAUGAGUCAGGAGAUCUGGAAGGAAUUUCCUGAGGACCUUUUGGAGGCAGUCGUUGCUAGGCUUCCCAUCGCUACGUUCUUCCGCUUCCGUUCAGUGUGUCGGAAAUGGAAUGGCAUGCUUACCUCGAGGAGCUUUACAGAACACUGUACCCAAGUGUCUCAAUCACAACCUUGGUUCUACACCAUAACUCAUGAAAAUGUGAACACAGGGGCUAUUUAUGAUCCUUCUGCAAAGAAAUGGCGCCAUCCUACCAUCCCUCCACUUCCUCCAAAGGUUAUCCUGUUGCCAGUUGCUUCUGUAGGGGGUCUUGUCUGCUUCCUUGAUAUAGGUCAUCGGUUGUUUUACGUAUGUAACCCUCUGACCCAGGUUUGGAAAGAGCUCCCUCCAAGAUCUGUCAAGGUCUGGUCCCGUGUUGCUGUCGGUAUGUAUCAAUAUGGAAAUUCAACUACACGUGGCUACAAGAUACUAUGGUUCGGUCGUGAUGGGGAGUAUGAAAUCUACGACUCUCUAAAGAACACUUGGGCACGCCCGCGAAAUUUGCCCUCAGGAAUCAAGCUCCCACUUUCACUGAAUUUUAGAUCAAAUACGGUGUCUGUCGAUGCCACGAUCUACUUCAUGAGGUCGGAACCUGAUGGGAUUGUGUCCUAUGACAUGGUGAGUGGGAUUUGGAAGCAACAUCUCAUCCCAACCCCACCAAACUCGACCGACCACAACCUUGCGGAGUGUGGAGGCCGAAUCUUCUUGGUGGGAUUGCUGACAAAGAAUGCCGCCACUUGUGUGUGUGUAUGGGAGCUUCAGAAAAUGACGCUCUUGUGGAAGGAGGUUGACAGAAUGCCAAAUGUAUGGUGCUUAGAGUUUUACGGAAAGCACGUGCGGAUGACUUGCUUGGGCAACAAGAGUUUGCUCAUGCUGUCACUGCGGUCACGACAGAUGAACCGGAUCGUCACCUAUGAUGUGGCGAAACGGGAGUGGUUGAAGGUUCCUGGUUGUGUUCUUCCACGUGGGAGGAAACGGCAAUGGAUUGCUUGUGGAACUGCUUUUAACCCUUGCCUUACCGCGGUUCCUUAAUUGUUUUAAUUCUUUUAUUCCUUGCCAAGUACUUUCCAUGUUUUCAGAUGCUGCAACAUUCAGGCUUCAGUACCCUGCAAGAAUACUUUGAUUGUAAGAAUACAAUGGCAGUUAUCCUUUACGCAAGUGUUUGAAUACACGAAAGUUUGUUGUUUUAAUUUUAUUUAUUACAAAAUUAAGAACCUGCUGAGCAGUGUAUUGUAGAACUUGCAAAUCGUAACAUCCGACAGUGUCAUGUAAAAUUGAUAUACUACGGAGUACUUAUUAUUUGUUUGGCAA